GGGACGGCUGCGGGAGCGGGAUGGCGCGGCCUGCAUCGCUGCCCUCCCGGCGCUGCCGAGCGCAUGCUGGGAAGCGCUGCCUUCCUUCCUUUCUCUCCUUCCUUCCUUUCUCGCUGCCUCCGUCCUGCCCGCUGUGCCCUUCCCUGCUUCCUGCCGCCUUCCCACCUUCCCCUGCGCCGCCUGCCGGGAGCGGGCCCGGUAGCGCAGCGGUGCCGCUGUGGGCGGUGGCGCCCGCCCGCGCGCUCCCUCGCCGAGGCCCGCGCAGGGGCUCCCGCGGCCGUCCCGGAAGAGACGGGGUUUUUGAUUUUGGGGUUGGGAUUGGAAUUAUCGGUGGAACUGGCCUGGAUGAUCCGGAUAUCUUAGAAGGAAGAACAGAAAAAUAUGUUGACACUCCUUAUGGCAAGCCAUCGGAUGCUUUGAUUUUGGGAAAGAUCAAAAAUGUGGACUGUGUGCUCUUAGCAAGACAUGGAAGGCAUCAUACAAUUAUGCCAUCAAACGUCAAUUACCGUGCCAAUAUCUGGGCGUUAAAAGAAGAAAAUUGUUCCCAUGUAUUAGUGACUACUGCCUGUGGUUCAUUACGAGAGGAAAUACAACCUGGUGAUCUUGUCAUAAUUGACCAGUUCAUUGACAGGACAACUAAAAGACAUUGUACUUUAUAUGAUGGACAGCAUUCCAAUCUCUCAGGAGUAUGUCAUAUUCCAAUGGCUGAGCCAUUCUGCACCAAAACCAGAGAGGUUCUUACUGAGACUGCCAAGAAGCUGGGGCUCCAGUGUCAUUCCAAGGGGACAAUGAUCACAAUUGAAGGCCCACGUUUCAGCUCACGAGCAGAAAGCUGUAUGUUUCGCAGCUGGGGAGCUGAUGUUAUCAACAUGACUACAGUGCCUGAAGUGAUUCUUGCGAAGGAAGCUGGAAUGAGUUAUGCUAGUAUUGCCAUGGCAACAGAUUAUGACUGCUGGAAGGAGCAUGAAGAAGCAGUUUCAGUGGAUAAAGUUUUAAAGACGCUGAAAGGGAAUGCAAAUAAGGCUACAAGCAUACUCCUUACUGCUAUACCUCAGAUAGGCUCCAUGGAAUGGACCAACACCCUGCACGCUCUGAAAACAACAGUGCAGUGUUCGGUCAUCCUGCCAAAGCAGUAACAACCUGGUUGGACCUUGAAGUUCGAGUGCUUACAAGGAAGAGUGGAUCACUUUCGAACUUUCAGAGGUUAUAAUAUCUUCAAAAAUUGUUACAAGCUUAAAAGAAUGGACUAAACAUUGACCAGUGAUCAUGUGUAAGGCUGCUGUUAUAAUUUUUGUCGGUUUGAUCAUAUAUAAGAUGGUUAAAAUUAGAUUUUGAGUAUGUUUUCAACUAUGAGUAGCUCUACUGACAAACUGUAUCUGACAGUGGUCAGAGAAAAAAUGUCAGUACUCUAUUCAGUGGUACCUUUUAACUGAUGGUAGAAAGGAAAGUCUUAAGUAAUAUUGUUGUUGGAGUUAUAUAAAAUAAGAUCUAAGAAAGCAGAUUCACAGGCUAUUUGUGUUGCUGUUUCUACCUCCCAUCUUUUCCUUCAACAGGACACAUGGUUACAAUUCACUUCAGAAACAUAACAGAAAAACUGAACAAACAAUUUGAAAUUAAAAUUAUACUAUUUUUAUACAUUAUCCAUAUUUUUUAUUCCAGUGACUUUUUUUAAAGCAGUGUAUUUGUUUGUGUGCUAGAAGACAUGGUUUAAUAAUUGUAGUGGUUCUGUCACAGCAGCAGUUGUGUAAUGAGUUAGUGUUAGACUGAGGUAAUGCCUAAACCAAAUUUGUGCCUGAAGAUGUACUUACGUGACUUACAGAACUGUCAAGAAAAGGUGCUUUCCUGCCAGUGUCCCAAACACUCUGCUGGCCUUUCUCUGCUUCAUUGAACAGCUCCAAUUUUAGUUCCUGUAUUAAGUGAUGAAUGUGCUUGAGUGGUUUGAAUGUAUGCAUUUCAAUUUUUUUAAUACAGUUUUAUUUUAAUAAAAUAACCUGCUGCUUCUUGUCUAGUAAAUAAAACAAAUGAAACAUAUGCUUCUCCAAGAUGUGUGGAAAUCAGGGGGGAUUUUAUUUACUUCUAGCCAUUAUGUCUCACAAUUGCUUUUGCCAUUCAUGGAACAGGUUGGUGAUGAUACCUUGUAAACAACACUUUUAGAAGUACACUUUUUAGAAAAUACUGUGCUACUCAGAACUUCAGGUUCUAAGUCCCUGAACAGCAGGGAUUGCUGAGGCAGAAGUGGAUCAGAAUGCAAGGAAAAGAUCAGAAACAUGAACGGUAAGGAUUCUCAUAGUAAUGUGUAAAAAAAAAAAAAAAAAAAAAAUCCAAAGGAAAA